CAAAUCAUCCUGCGGCCCUCCCCUCGCUUGCUCUCAUCGGCCCCGCUGCACCCGCGCCGCAUGGCCCUCUGCUUCGAUUCUCUCGCGGGACGUGCUGCGUGUUGAUUGUGCGCAAGGCACUUGGAGGUGUUCCCUUCCUUCGGCCACAUGGUGCUCAACUACGCGACAGGGGCCUUGAGAAUCCAUGGACGUGCCGUUCGUAUCUCGACUCGAUCCUGCUCCGAGUUCCAGGGGGCCGUCUCAGCGGUGGUGCGGCUGCGGGACUGCCACGUCGGUGCGGCCCGCUAUUCCCCUCAGCCUGACGAGGUGGCCUUGCGGAUGGCGGACCUCAGGCGUGCGCUUCUACUGCAGCAUGGACUGGAGAUGGUCUAUGGUGCCCCCCACACACACCCGUGCUUUGCGGACUCCUGUGAGGUGGGCUGAAGAGCACAAAUUACUUUUGCCGCUGGUCAUCCGCCACAUGCUGUGGAUCGCUCGGCGGGCCAAUGCUGCUCGGCAUAGUCGCUGGUAUUCUCGCAGGAGCUGGAGGGCGUCUGGGCCGAUGGCACCCCUGCGGGCAGAGGCUUCAGAGCUUGUUCCUCGUUUGCCCCUGGUCUGAGCAGACACUGAUAUUUCCGGAUGCUUUGGUGCGAACCUUCAGUGUGGCGAUGGACGUCGGGAUGGUGCUGGAGAUCUUCAGGCUUACCCUGUUCGUGCACCCUGGCCCGAGGUUGCGGCCUAUCUGCAGGGGGGCCUGCGGGAGCAGCUGGUGCUCGUGGACCAGGUGCACACCGACGACAGUGGCGACACGACGAAUGAGGAGCCGGAAGGCUUCUUCGACCAGGGCGGCGACGGCAGGACGAAGGAGAAGCAGGAAACCAUCAACGACCAGGUGUUCGUCGAGGACGGCUGCGAGGGCGUAGAGGAGCAGGGGCAUGACUUCACCAUUAACCAGGUGCAUUACCAUGACGGCGACGUCGGGACGAUGGAGGGGCAUGAGGCCGUCGUCUUCGGCACGGUGUUCAACGCGGACGUCGGCGACAGCGCGAGGGCGGAGCAGGAGGCCAUCAUCGACCAGGUGCUCUGCGAGGAGCAGCAGCAGGAGAUCUCAUUCGACCAGCUGCAGUACGGUUACGGCGGCGACGGAACGAAGGAGGAGCAGGAGGCCUUCUUCUUCUUCUUCUUCUUCUUCUUCUUCCUCUUCUUCUUCUUCGGCACGAUGCUCCAUGUGGACCGUGACGUCGGCGGGAUGCAAAAACAGGAGGCCAUCAUCAACCAGGUGCUCUACGAGGACGGCGGCGACGGUGCAGGGGAGAAGCUGGAGGACAUCGUCAUUGACCAGGUGCUCUACGAUGACGGCGACAGCUGGGCAAAUGAUGGACAGGAGGCAAUUUUCUUCGACGCGGUGCGCCAGGAGGACGGUGACGACAGGGUGAAGGAGGACCAGGAGGCCAUGAUUGACCAGAAGCUCUACGAUGACGGCUACGACAUUGGGUGGACCGGGGCGACGGGGCGAAGGAGGAGCAGGAAACCAUCGUUGACCAUGCGCUCUUCGAUGACGGCUACGACGUUUUGCACUACGCGGACGGUCGCCACCGGUGGGACGAAGGAGGGGCAGGAGGACAUCAUUAACCAGGUGCUCUACAAUGCCGGCUACGACGCCGGGUAAGAGGACGUGGAGGGCUCUGGCGGCGGUUUCGGCGGUGCGGCUGGGGUGGCGGCGGCGUUGGCGGGGGCGUUGGCGGCUGGGGCGGGGGCGGUGGCGGCGG